UUGUUUUUAGUUACUGAAUAAAGUUCGGUGGCGGCGGUAACUAAGGGGUUGAAUAUUACGGAGCUCGAGGGUGGAAAGUUCUCGGAGGGGCGAAAUGCCGAAAAAUUGCGGCUUGAAGCUGUUCACGAAGACGUGGCCUUUAAAACGUGGAAAAAACGCGAAUAAAACCGAACAUGAGGAGAGGAAACAUCAGAGACCUUUGACCGCCACACUGGAUAAACCUACUAUCUUGGAUAUACGGUUUAUGGGCAAAAUCGACAUGAGUACGGUUCGAAAAGAAUUCCUGAACAUUUCAAACCUAUGCCGGCUCCCGCUAGUAUUAAAGCCGAAAGAGAAAAACAACGGACGACCUUUAAGCCUCCUCGGUACUGAAACUCGCAACAAAACAACGAAAAAGAAGCGGAAAAAACUCGACCCUAACGAGGACAGCCAUGAGGACGAAGAAAGUAGCGUCAUCCAGAGCGCCAAACUCAGAACCGGAGACCAUUUAAAUAAUAAUGACAAUCGAUCCAGGUCCAGAUCCAGGAAUUCUGGCAAACUGAGUAGUAGUAACAAAUCUGUGAUAGAUCGGCUGAAGCAUCACAAAAGUAGCUUGUUAGCCAUUAAGAAUAGCGUUAAUGAUGCCAAUAAUAAUAAAACUUUAAAGGUGCCAUUAAGGAAGCCGAUUUUAACAACGAUACAACCAACAUCCGCCGCCUCCCUCAUUACGGAUAUGGGGGCGAAAGGUGUGACGUCAUCAUCGAUCAAACUGCCAUCGCCGUGUAAAACCUGCGGCAGACCAGACCUACCGGAGCGAUUCCACAGUCAUCCCGCCACCCCAUUGAAAACCACCCCUAAGAAAACAGUUGCUAGUAAAGAUCUCCCGGAACCACUUCAUGGGGGCAAUAAGAGUGAAAAAGUAGCCACCGUGAAAUCCUCCGUCCAAAAACCGGUCGCAAUCAAAUAUAAAUCAUCGAAAACCAACCGAUCGGCCGAACUGACCGCACAAACGUCACCUGUCAAAAAGGACCUCACCGUAGUAAUACCAAAACCGUCGUCUCCCAUUGCGGAAAACGAAACGAAAAUGGGGAGAAAAAGCGUCGCGACCACGCCCACCAGAGUCGGUUCCGCCAAGAGAACCUUGACGUGUUACAUCUGCGGAAGGGAGUUCGGUACCGCCUCCUUGGGACUCCACGAACCCAAAUGUUUACAGAAAUGGGAACGUGAAAAUGCCCGUCUGCCGUCCAAUUUGAGACGUAAACCCCCCGUUAAGCCUGAGGGAGAGUUUUCGCAACAGGAAUGGAAUCAAUUGGCAUGGGAAUCCUCACAAGCAACGUUGGUGCCUUGUCUAAACUGCGGAAGAACAUUUUUCCCUGAUAGACUGGAAGUUCAUCAAAGAAGCUGCAAGGCCCAACUCACUACCAACAAGAAAACCACGUCAAAUGACACCCUAUCAUCCUCGUCCACCGCCUCCUCAAUGUCCCAAAGUCAAAACUCAGAACCCUCCUCCUCCUCCUCUGGAAAACCUCCGUCAGUUCAAUGCUACAUCUGCGGAAAAAUGUUCGGGACGCAUUCCAUUAAAAUCCACGAGAAAAGUUGCCUGAAAAAGUGGCAUGUGGAAAACGAGAGUUUACCGUAUGACAUGAGGAGCCCGGCACCAGUGAGACCCUCCUCAGUGAAUAAUAAGGCGCCUCCUCACUUCCUUAAAGAGGAGGCUCACGGCAACCAAUCGGAAACGACCAGGAGCAGUACGAAGGAGGAACGACCAACGUCCGGUACGAAAUCGCCGCUGUUUCCUUGUUACCUGUGCGGAAAACUGUUCACGGUCAACUCGAUUUACAUUCACGAGCCACAAUGCCUGAAAAUGUGGAAAAUCGAGAACGAUAAGUUGCCUGUAAGCAAGAGGAGGCCGAUACCAUUGAAGCCCGACAUUAAAUUUACACAUUCUGGAACGAUCAAUUUCGAAGACACUAGCAACGCCUACUGGCAAAGCCACCUAAGCCAGCUGGUGCCGUGCAAGGUUUGUUCCAGAACUUUCAACCCCGAUCGGGUGGCGGUGCACGAGCGCAGUUGCAAAGGAAACUGAAUGAACCGUUAAAAUCUCUAACUGUGACAAUUGUGAUUGUAUUAUUAUCAGUUAAUGUACCUAAUCUUAUCAGAGAAUUGAAAUAAAUAAUUUUUAUAGACAUUA